UACAAUAAUUCACUCGAUUAUAAAAUUUACCAAGCUUGUAAUUGUGAUUCACUGGUCGUUAUUACAACUAAACAAUCAGAAUUCCUAAAUAUUUGCCUAAUCAUAUUCAAAAUAUUAAACAAUAAUGGAUAACGAUAGUUACAUUAGUGACGUACAAAGUAAAAUAAAGAAACUCGAAGGACAGCUCAACUUUACACCAGUAAAUACCAUACCAAAAACAACAAUCCAAUCAAUAACAAUCCAUAAUCAAGAAAAUAAAAAGCCUGCAAUCUAUUCGAUUGAUGACAGUACAGCAAAACGCCUUGCCCAUAUACAAGACAUUUGUUUUUGUAUUUUAUUUGAAGUGGAUCCUGAAGCUGGCACAAAAUUGAAAAAAGAAAUCGAGAAUAAACGAAAAGAAAAACUUAAAUAUGAAGAAUUUAUUACGAAUUUUGAAAAAAUAUCCGAAGUAAGAAGAACAAUCAGUGAUUAUGAUUACAAGAAGCAGAUUCAAAUUCAGCUGGAUGAAGAAUUGGCCAAACGAUUACAAAAUGAGGAAAAUAAGGUUGUCAAUUAUACUGCUAAUGUGAAUCCAUUUCAACCAACAUCAACAAUCGACCAAUCGGAAUUGGCCAAACAAUUACAAAAUGAAGAAAAUAAAUUUGACAAUAAUACUGCUAAUGUGAAUACUUUUGAACCAACAACAACAAUUGUUACAGAAAAUUCAACAGCAACAUUUUCAAGGAGGAAAAAAGAAUUGCCACCACUUGCUAGUAUGAAACACGCAGACUUGAUGAAGAUGAUCAAUGAUCCAAGCAUUGAUGUUGAUAUAAUGAAGCUUUGUUUAAGUGAAAUUGAACGUCGUUUGCGCGUUUAUCAAGAAUUCAAAGCAAAUAAUUCCACCAACUAACUAAAACAAACUAAAAACCUUUUAAAUGAUUACGUGGUCAAUAUGUAUUUUGUUAAAUAAACUUAUAUAAACAGCAA